UUGAAGGCGCUGGCAGACGUAUCGCUUGGACCACGUCCGCGUGGUGGGGAGGACAUUGUUAUUGAUCACGAGGGCGAGGAAGAUGAUGCUCAAAGUGACUCUGGUGCUGGCGGUAGUGGUGGGGGUGUAGGGAAACAACCCGCCAAUUGCGGGAAGAACUGCACGGUCGCUACGCUGCUGCCGACGUUACUUCAGCAUCCGUAUGUAACACUUCAGCAAUCAAACAUGGUCGUUAACCGGGCAACUGGAUUCAGUAAAUGAUCUCAUUUAAUUGUUUGCAAGUCUCAGGAAGUAGAAACAGAAGAUCGGAAUUGAGUCCCGUAUCGCUCUCGUGUUUUGUUUAUUCUGCCACACUUGAGGGCAAUUCAGUGUUCCAUAUGUUCCAUCAUCAACUUGGGGGACUUGCGUCGAUAGCACUGAUGAUACUUGGCGCACCUUCUCACCGCAUCGAAUCCCGGUUCAUUGCAGCAGCCCGCAUCCGUGCCCAGCAUCAUGAUGAUCUGUCCCACUACUUAGCUCGUACGCUCUACCCAGGCCUUCCACUCCGCGUUCAUCAUUCGAUUGUACACGUGAACCUAGGCAGUCCCCCAGGGCCCCUUCUUCUAAACCCUGUAAUUUUUGUACACACGUCCUUCCCUACGUCAGUCAUCCAACUAGUUUCCACCCUCUGGACUACCACAAAUGCGCUAACCACGGCAACUGGCCCUGUCCUUGACACGUUGCACGAUAGCGAACAACCCCUUUGGAUACAUGACUUUUCUGUGAUCUCGAGUAUCCAACACCUGUCAGCAGACGUAGAGAAUUGAUGGCGGAUAUCAUUUUUCUCUCAGCAAUUCGUCCCAGCGCAUCCGGCAGAACAUGC